UCGAAUAUCGUUAGGAUUAGUUUGAAAAUAUAAUACUUGAGAAAUAUAAUGUAAGUAUCAAACGUCAAGUUGAGUAGGUGUAUAUUUUAUGUUUUUUUUUAACUUAAUAAAGUAUUCAUAUUUUGCUUUUAGUAAAGGGCUUAGGGAUCAAAAAGUCUGAAUAUGUCGAUAUAGGUAUGUAUAUAUAUAUAAUAGAAAUAAAACGAAACAUUAUUAAAUGCCACAAAGUCUCAAUCAAAUCGGACACCUCUGACUAAACGUAGUUAUACUCGCGGUCACCUAUAUAUUACAUUAUUGGCAUUUGCUAUAUUAUUUUAUAUAAUCCGCAGGUAUAUAGGGCCAAAUACCAAUUAUUGGCGCUGUAUAUUAUAAAAUAGAUAUUUCGAAAGUCGUCCACUAUAAUAAUAAAUGGUAAUAAAUAAUAAUAAAUUGUUGACUUAUUGGCCCAUCGCGUUGUUUUGGAGGACGUUCGGUGUAUUCCCGGCAAACAUGCUGGACAACAACCCGAACAGUAACACGUUACUGCCGAUACUUUUCACCGUGCUGCUGUCAGCGUCAUGCGUUUACGUGUUGAUCGUCGGACCGGCGGUCGUCUGCCGGAUCGGCGAUAAGUGCAGCAGCGAGUCGGUCAGGAUUCUGAAGGAAAUGUACCCAAACAUAGCGAACAUGACGUCGGUACUGUCGAGGAUAUCUCUGUCGUACUCGGUGACGAUGGGAUUCGAAAAGUACAGGGAGACUAUGGAGUGCUACGAGACGUAUUCGCCAACGACGGCAACCGAUGCCGCUCAAUACCGCGUGUUCACGGCCACAGCCGUGUGCGCGUGCUUACUGCUGGUCGUGCCUGUCAACGUUCUGCGAUUGUGGAUGCUGUGGACGCCAGACGGCGACAAUCCCGCGUUGAUGCAGGGGGUCGUCUUUUACGUGUUCAUCUACAUCCAAAACGUGACCAUGUGCUGUUCGGAGACGCAGUUCGUGCAGCAGUGUUUCAUGUUGUACUGCAAGCUGAAGACGGUCAACGACGACGUUGCUGAGCUAGGUGGUUCCGCAGGGUUGGCGCGUUUUUCGAGACACUCACUACAUGAGAAUGCUGCCGCAACACCCGAUGCACCCGGCAUUGCAGUAGCGGCGAAGGAUGCGUCGGACAGCGUCAUGGCGACGGCCGAUGCCGUCGAAACACUGCGGAUCAGACACUGGCUGCUGCGCGAAUCCAUCGGCUGUCUGAACCGUCUGUUUGGCGUGCAGCUGGGCAUGUCAGUGUGCGCCUUAUGCGUGAUGUCAUUUUUCGACAUCUAUUACGAGACGUUUCAUGUGAUGGGCAAAUACGCCAUGUCUGGCCUCAUCGUAUACUGCUGGAUGCUGCACUACGCAGUGCGGUACAUGGGCAUAAUCCUGAUGUGUCAUUACACCACGAAGCAGGCUAUUUACACUAAGACACUUAUAGCAAACUUAAAAAGUAAUUGCUUGGAUUGUAGUAUAAAUCAAGAGUUACAUUUGUUUUUGGAUCAGCUUUCUCAUAGUUCUGUCGAAUUCACAGCAUGCGAUGUAUUUACAUUAAAUAUACGUCUAAUUAUUUCAACUUUUGCUGCGGGUUUAACUUAUCUAGUCAUUUUGAUACAAUACCAGACAAACAUGAAAAGCUCCACGUAUACAGAUUAAAACUAUAUCAACUUGGUACCAUUAACUACCUAAUAACUAUAGACUAUGUAAAAUAAUACAUUAUUUUAUAGUUUUGUAAAUUAAAUUUAAUGAUGUAUUAAGUUAGUAAGUACUGUCAGUACUGAGUAAUGAGUGUAUUAUAUAUUAUUAUAUGUAUAAUUGUAAUCUAGGUGCCUAUUAACAAUACUUUAUAAAUUAUAACUGUAGUACACUGUUACAAUAAUAUAAGGUACCUAUUUAUGUAUUUAAAAUUCAACGAAAUAUCUUGUAAAAAUACAAUAAUUGAUCAUUUAAUUUAUAUAGUUAUA